AUGGCAGUUUUACUCUCUUCCUCUGCUUCUUCUACAAUUUUUACUCUAUCAUCAUCAUCACCAACCCCCAAACCUCCCAAGACACUUCCUUUCUUGAUCUCCACCAAUAACCCAAAUCGUAAAUUACCAGGUAGAGCAAAAAGUCUAUCUCCUUUGAGAGUAGCUGUGCCUGCAACCCAACCACAAACCACAGACCCAGAGGCACCACCCACACAGACAGAACAAGAUGGUGAAGAUUACAGAGUUGAGGAUGAGGUUGACGAUGAGAACCCGACAACCAAGUUCAAUUGGAGGGAUCAUUGGUACCCAGUUUCUUUGAUUGAAGAUUUGGACCCUCGCUUGCCUACCCCAUUUCAGCUUCUGGGUCGUGACCUUGUUUUAUGGUAUGAUAAGUCUUCUGGUGAAUGGGUUGCUUUUGAUGACAAAUGCCCUCACCGCCUCGCGCCCUUAUCUGAAGGACGGAUUGAUGAAGGGGGAAACUUGCAGUGUUCAUACCAUGGAUGGUCAUUUGACGGAUGUGGAUCAUGUGUUAAGAUUCCGCAGGCUUCAUCUGAAGGUCCUGAGGCUCGUGCCCUUCGGUCUCCAAGAGCAUGUGCUACAAGGUUUCCUACACUGGUGUCUCAAGGCCUACUCUUUGUUUGGCCAGAUGAGAAUGGAUGGGAAAGAGCUAAUGCCACUAAGCCUCCCAUGCUGCCUGAGGAAUUUGGUAAACCUGAGUUUUCAUCAGUGACAAUCCAGCGUGAUCUGUUCUAUGGCUAUGAUACCCUCAUGGAAAAUGUCUCUGAUCCUUCCCACAUUGACUUCGCUCAUCACAAGGUUACAGGAAGGAGAGAUAGAGCCAAGCCUUUGCCAUUUAAAGUGGAGGCCAGCGGCCCAUGGGGAUUUGCUGGAGCAAAUGAAGGCAACCCACGGAUUACUGCUGAGUUUAUAGCUCCUUGUUAUUAUUUGAACAAAAUAGAGAUUGACACAAAGCUUCCACUAGUUGGUGAUCAAAAAUGGAUUAUAUGGAUUUGUUCCUUCAACGUUCCAAUGGCACCAGGGAAGACUCGUUCUAUUGUUUGUAGUGCUCGAAAUUUCUUUCAGUUCAGCAUGCCAGGGCCUGCUUGGUGGCAGGUGGUUCCUAGAUGGCAUGAGCAUUGGACUUCAAAUAAGGUGUAUGAUGGAGACAUGAUUGUCCUUCAGGGUCAAGAGAAGGUCUUUCUUUCCAAGUCCAAGGAGGAAUCUGGUGAUGUUAAUAAGCAGUACACAAAAAUUACAUUCACUCCCACACAAGCAGAUCGCUUCGUCUUGGCAUUUCGGAAUUGGCUGAGGCGGCAUGGCAACAGCCAACCUGAGUGGUUUGGCAGCAUUGACCAACAACCUUUGCCAUCAAUGGUCUUAUCAAAACGUCAGAUGUUAGACAGAUUUGAGCAGCACACCCUCAAAUGUUCCUCAUGUAAGCAAGCUUAUACAGCAUUCCAGACAUGGCAGAAGCUGCUAAUUGGGGCAACCAUUGUUUUCUGCGCAACAGCUGGAAUACCUUCAGAUCUGCAGCUACGGAUCAUUUUGGCCAGCUUUGCACUUCUAAGUGCUGCCUUGGCUUAUGCCUUACGUGAACUCGGAAAGAAUUUUGUGUUUGUUGAUUAUGUACAUGCUGAAAUUGAAUAG